GUGGGGUUAAUCUGGGGAGACCCGACCUUGGCCAUUGCAGCAUCCGCAGGGCAGUUUUAGGGGGCAACAUAAACAACCCAUCCCCCAAGUAAACACUCACCAACUAUGCCUCACUUCCUUCCCUCACAACUCCUCGUCCUCAUCAUAUCCCUCCUCUGCUCUGUCGUCCUCGCCAAUGUAGAAAAAACCAUCUUCCUCGGCCCCUCCUCCUCCUCUCACUCGGAGGAAAAUAUCAUAAAAGAUGACCAGCAGGCACAGCGAUGGCUAGACAACAAACUCCACCACAUCCACACCCUCACACCAACCCCGAAUGACCGGUCUUCACUCCGGACCCGGCUAAAGCGAGUGUUUCCAUCCGCCGACCACCCUCGUGGACAAGAUGCAUGGUUUCUUCUGGAUGGCUUGACAGAGGGGCAGAGGUAUGAAGUGAGGGUUUGCUGGGCUGCUACGCAACCAACCAACUUCUACAUGGAAACUUACACCGCCAAAGAAGUCAUCAUGACACCUCACCUCGCAGGAUCCUUGAUGGAAUACUUCCCGGCAGUCUCACCACAGGCACAACAUGCCACCACAAAACUGAAGGACUCCUCCAGUGGCUCAUCAUCACCACCCUCCUCCUCGGCAGCGCUCCUCCUUCACAUAUCCGCCGCGGCGGAUUAUUUCACCUCCAACGCCAGUCUCAUGCUGCACCCACCGCCGGUGGACGUGGACAUCAUCCUUGAUCCUUUUCUCUUUAACGUGCUUCCUCGGUCGUUAGUGCCGACGAUUGGUUGGAUCGUUGUCGUUGCUGUGGCUGGAUGGGCGGUUUCGAAGAGGGUGGUUUCUUUCCUGGUUGGAGAGGUCGUGUCGAGCGAAGUGGAAGCUGAGGAGGAGGCGAGUGAGGGUGUGGAGGAGAGUAAGAAGGAGAGGUGAGACUAAAUGAAGAGGGAUAGGCUAAGAGGGCUGUUCAGGAUGGGUAUUGUGAUAGAGAUGACAGACAUGAUGUUUUUGAGAACAUAUUUGACUACUCGUGGAAGGUAUAUUUGUUACAGAAAAGCCAUAUCCAUACGAGACAGGAACGAG